AUUUAACUUGCUUUACUGAGCGCCAUAAUUUAGUUUUCUAAAUCAAAAUGGACAUUUUAUUUCUGAAGUCUAACUAACGGACUAACAGAAAUAUAUUUUGCUACUACUGCUGCUGGUUUAUUUAAAGAAGGCUCGAUUCAUUCAUCUCUCAGAACACUUAGUGUCGCUGUUGGUCCAUGUAUGCAUUUUUCCCUAAAUGGUAACUAUAAGUCGGAAUAAAAAGCCCUGUUCAGCUGGAAUCGGUGCAGUCGUGUAGGAGCCAAGAGACAAACACAUCUUAUUUUUUGCUGGAGAAGCCCCGGAGGUUGUUAUUUGGAGCUGAAACUGUUAAACUGUGGAUACUUCUCUAAUGGGUGUCCUGGAUCUAUGCGCAUACAUGACGCAAAAACGGCAAGUUGUGUAUUAUUUUCUACUCCUUUUAUUAUGCAGCACAGUUGAUUCUACAUUACAAUAUUCCAUUCGAGAAGAGCUGCCCAAAGGGUCUGUGGUCUCCAAUAUCGCCAGUGACCUGGGAGUGGACCCUGGACUGUUAUCUAAUGGAGGGGCGCGUAUUGUUUGUGAGGGCACCCAGCAGUACUUUCAGGUAAAUACAAAUACCGGAGUAUUAUUUGUAAAUGAAAGGAUAGACAGAGAGGGGAUAUGCGAACAAACGGAUCACUGUUUGCUGUACUUCCAGUUGAUCAUUGAAAAUCCCUUACAGUUACAUCGUGGAGAAGUAGAAAUUUUUGAUGUUAAUGACAAUUCUCCAAUCUUUCCUCAAAACGAGAUUGUUAUUUCAGUGCCAGAGCAUGCAGUUCCAGGAACGAAAUUCCUCUUAGAAAGUGCCCGAGAUUUGGACGUGGGUACCAAUGCUGUACAAAACUAUCAGAUUAGCGCCAAUGAACAUUUUCGUUUGGAUGUUCACGAUGGAACCGACCAGAACAAAGGUCCUGAAAUUGUACUUGUGAAGCAGUUAGAUUAUGAAAAAACACGAAAACUGUCAUUACAACUGACUGCAGUGGAUGGCGGUGAACCCCGGAGAACUGCAACAGCUCAAGUCCUGGUAUCUGUGCUGGACAUCAACGAUAACGCACCAGUUUUUAAUCAAUCCGUUUAUAGGGUGAAGCUUUUUGAACAGAAUGCAAUAAAUUAUGUGGCACUGAAAGUGACCGCUACAGACCUGGAUGAUGGACCUAAUGGAAACAUCGUUUACGCAUUUUCACGCAUUACAAAUGCGAUCCGCCGUGUUUUCAAGUUAGACAGCAAAAGCGGGGAAAUAACAGUAAACAAACCUUUAGAUUUCGAGGGCACAAAAAUGUACGAGAUGGAAGUGCAAGCCACAGAUGAUGGAGGUUUGAUGUCAUAUUGUAAAGUUGUAAUUGAAAUUACAGAUGUGAAUGAUAACGCUCCAGAGAUAAUCUUAGCGUCUGUCAGAAGUCCCCUACCUGAGAAUACUUCUUCUCAGACAGUUGUAGCUCUAUUAAAUGUUAAAGACCUAGAUAAUGGGGGUAACGGAGACAUCCGAUGUUCUAUUAGAAGCCAUCAGCCUUUCAAAUUAAUACCGUCUUUCAAGAACUUUUAUCGUUUAGUGACAGACGGUCAGCUUGACCGUGAGAAGGUAUCAGAAUACAACAUCACUGUCACAGCAGUUGAUGAUGGGUCCCCUCCACUUUCUUCAACAGCAGUUAUACAUGUACGUAUUUCUGAUAUUAAUGACAACCCACCGGUCUUCAGUAAGACAUUGUACACCAUGCAGGUAUCAGAGAACAACAAACCUGGAGCUCUUAUUGGAUCUGUUAUGGCAACUGAUAAGGAUUCUGCUGAGAACGCACAGGUAUCCUAUUCACUUAUUGAAGAAAUGGUUAAGGGUUUCCCAGUAUCUCAUUUUAUUUCAAUUAAUUCAGACAAGGGCAAUAUACUUGCAGUCAGACCGUUUGAUUAUGAACAUAACCAAAACUUUACAUUUCGUGUUCAAGCUCGGGAUUCUGGUACUCCAACAUUAAGUAGUAAUACUACAGUGACGUUAUAUAUUAUUGACCAAAAUGAUAACGCCCCCACUCUGCUACACCCCUCACCAAAAGACAGCUCUUUUUCUGCAGAGAUUGUACCAAAUAAUGCAGAUGUGGGCUAUCUUGUCAGCAAGGUCGUUGCUGUUGAUGCUGAUUCGGGGCAAAACGCCUGGCUUUCUUUUCACCUUCAGAAGGUUUCAGAUCAGAGUCUUUUUUCAGUAGGAUUGCACACCGGGGAAAUAAGGACAAUUCGGAAGAUGACAGACAGAGACAAUACCAGACAUACACUGAUAGUAGUUGUUAAAGAUAAUGGGCAGCCCUCACUUUCUACAACAGCAACAGUGAAAAUUUUAGCAGCAGAAAACUUUUCAGGCCACCAUUUAGAAAGUGCAGAGGAGGAAAAAGUGGACGAAUUUGACUCCAGUUUAACAUUUUAUUUAAUCAUUUCCUUAGCUAUUAUGACAGUCUUGUUUCUGACAUCAAUAAUUGUGUUACUGAUACUCAAAGCCUACAAAAUAAAGAAAUCAAAACAUUCCAAUUCCGUAUCUCAAAACCUACAUAGUUCAAAUAUUAUGAACUUCAGAGCAAGCUAUUUGGAUUCCCUUGCUAGGGGAACUAUUCAUCAGCAUUGCUUUCAAGAUGUCCAGGCCAGGGUGCAACCCUUUAGUGGUGAUCAAAGGCACCAAGAUCCUAACAAGGCAAACGCUUACACCGGAAAUGAGCACCAUCCUAUGCUGAUUGAUUUUAACAAUGCAAACGAGUUUCUUCAAGACCAUCAGCCCGCUGCGAAUGCUAUCCCCCCUUCUCAUUCCUCUUACCAAAGGGUCCAAGCUAUUCUCACUAGGCCUAUGUCCACAGACUGGCAAGAAGGCUGAGCUACCAUGAAGCUAGAAGGACAGGUAAGGAGGGGAGAGACAUCAGGCCACCGGCAUUGUUUUCCUGUAAGAAUCGUGGGUACUCCUGCCAUGUAAAUGAAAGCUGGGAAUGUACAGUUAAACAAGUGUCUGCCCCACUUAGUGAUGCACUGACACCAUCGUAAGGUCAUAAGUGACAGAAGCCAUAGAGGAAGCUCUAAACUGUAUCAUACAUCCUCCUUCAAUGUGCAUCACCGUGGACGCACUCACCCCGAGAUGAUAGGGAUGCCACAGGUGUCUCACCUUGUCCUGCCUUAGCCAUUCUGCCAGCAGCCUAAUUCAACUCUGAAUGACUGUGACCUCUUUUAAGGAUGAAUUUCUAUCUACUGCUCUGAUGGUCUGGAAUGAAUCCAACUGCUUUGGCUUGUACAUGUUUUUGGUUACACUAACUAAAACUUUUUAACGGUAUGCUCCCUCUGCAGUUUUAGUGUGUACAUUUUUAUGUGGGAAUUCUAGUAGAGUAUAUAAGUGCCCAAGUUACAAUUACUAAGCAUAUGUUUGAUUCUAAAGUAUAAUUAUGCAGGAAUAGUUCUCAUUUCAAUAUUUCAUCCUGUAGGCAUUUUUAUGAUUUUGUUUUUUUCUGUAGAGUACAGCAAAACGUUAUAAGCUUGUUUAUUCAAUAUAUUUUCUUCUGGUGUAUGUAUAGGUAAUGAUUGUUGUUCUAUGGCAUACUUUUAUGUAAUCUACAUAUACAAUGUUAUAUAUCUUAAUUAUUAAAAAUCAGAUAUCAGAUUUUAAAACAUUGCAUUUUUUAUUAAAUGGCAGUCCCAAAGCUUGGCAUUGACAUCAUUUGUUUGAUACCAAACUCUAUUUUUUUUUUUUUUUGGGGGGUGGCAAGCAAUGUGCCUCCUAUUGCAUCAUAUGUGACAUUUUAUCUGCCCUGUACUGCUUUAUAUUUCUGUUACCAAGGUUGUAUGGUAAGGAAGUGUGUGCAACUACUAUAGAGGCCAAACACUUCACUUUCAGACAAAUAUGGUGCCUGCCAAGUUUGUGUCUACCAGUCUAAAUUACCGGUCUAGUCUGGCUAGAUCUCUGUUAUGUGACCCCAACUCUACUUAUGGAUGAUAUUUAUUUCUUUUACUAGUCAUAUCACAGUUACAGUAGUAGGAGAAAGCAGGGGCAAUAAAAAUGUAAUGUUUCCUAUAUUUAAAUGUCAUUUGAUAACUGAAUUGUGAUGUACAUUUAUACUUUUCUUAUUAUUCCUGUUUACUUGAAUUAAGAUCAAAAUAAAGGUGAUACAUAGUAUGGAAAA